AUGUCAAGCACAGGGGCCAACUCUGUCGACUUCACACCUCGAACGAAUUGCCAAACACAACUUUGCGAAAAUACACCGACAACACGGGGAUGCUGGGGCGCCUAUGAUCUCGAGACAAACUAUUACAAGACGGCGCCCGACACUGGAAAGACAGUUGAAGUCUGGUUAUCUGUACAAGAGGGCAUUUGCAAUCAAAAUGGAUACGAACGCCCUUGUAUGACUUUCAACGGUACGAUGCCAGGGCCAGCGAUUAUCGCAGACUGGGGCGAUAAACUGAAAAUUCAUGUCACAAAUAAUCUGGCGUCAAACGGCACAUCAGUUCACUGGCACGGUGUUCAUCUGCGAAACAGCAAUCAAUGGGACGGGGUACCUGGUGUCACUCAAUGUCCGAUCGCACCGGGGGAAAGCCUGACUUAUGAAUUCAAAGUCACGCAAUAUGGAAGCAGCUGGUAUCAUAGUCAUUUUUCGCUCCAAUCAUCUGAAGGCCUCUUUGGUCCCCUCAUCUUCAACGGGCCUGCAAGUGCGAACUACGAUGAAGAUCUUGGUGCGCUUUUCCUCCAGGACUGGGCGCAUAGCCCGACGUUUGUGGAGUGGGAGGCCAAGCAGAAAUUUGGCAUCACAUCUUCGCAGAGUACGACUCUCAUCAACGGCACCAAUACAUUCAACUGUACAGCGGAGCCACAUGAGAACUGUGUUGGGGGUGGAAAGAAAUUCGAGAUGCGAUUUGAGCAAGGGAAAAAAUACCGUAUCCGCUUGGUCAAUGUCGCUAUCGAUAGCCAGUUCCAGUUCAGCAUCGAUGGUCACAGCUUGACUGUCAUCUCCAAUGACUUUGUCCCAAUCAAACCAUACCUUGCGGACAGUAUCAUUGUGAACGUGGGUCAGAGGUACGAUAUCAUUGUUGAGGCGAACGCUCCUCCGGGCGACUACUGGCUCCGCGGAGGAUGGGUUCAAUCUUGCCAGGGUGUUGCGAAUGACCACCCGGAGUCAGCGACAGGAAUUGUGCGUUACAAUUCCCAGAGCAAGAGGAAUCCUACCAGCACUAGUUCUCUCUCUGUUCCGGUAUCCUGCCUUGACGAACCUCAGGCAAACCUGGUGCCGUACCUCGAACUUGAUGUUGGCAGUAUAACCGACACGACCGUGGAGGAUAUCAACGUUCGUUUGACAAAUGCUGCUAUGUUCCAAUGGACCAUCAAUAGCAGUAGUCUUGUUCUGGACUGGGCAAGGCCUACCAUUCAGCAAAUAUAUGACAAGGAGCGACUCUUCCCCACCCCCUACAAUGUUGUCGAAGUUGAGAAAAAAGAUGAGGACAGGGAAGAAUGGGCAGUGCUGGUGAUCGAAAACAAAGCUGCUGCAUUCUUCGGCGGACUCGCUCAUCCAAUCCACUUCCAUGGCCACGACUUUUGGAUUCUUGCUCAGGAGAGUCAUCCCUGGGAUGGAAGCUCUGCUUCGUUCCAAACAAAGAACCCAGUUCGUCGAGAUACUGCAGUGCUGCCAGCGCACGGCUACCUUGCACUCGCAUUUCAACUCGAUAACCCGGGCGCGUGGCUUGUUCACUGCCAUAUCGCUUGGCAUUCGAGCAUGGGUCUUGCGCUCGAGUUCGUGGAAAGUGAAAAUUCUAUUUCGACUAGUAUGGGCGACUGGAAAAGCUUGGACAGUACUUGCAAUUCAUGGUCCGCUUGGUCAAGAGGGGCCCCGUAUGAACAAGAUGAUUCGGGUAUUUAA